AUGGGUUUCAUGCCGGGCCUUACAAUAACCACCCGCGUCCCCCCGGACGCCGGGACCACCAGCCCGAUCGGCUCGAGCGGCACUGCCGGGGAUGUCGGAGCCCCUGAUGCGGAGACCCCACAAAAUGCGCCCUCACCGACCCGCCCGCCCGUUAGCCCCAUCACCCCGACUCAGGAAUCGGCACGGUUGUCCGGUCCCGAUGGCCAUGGAGAUGGUCCGAUUUAUGAUGAGCAAGCACAUCGCCAUCGUCACCGUCAACAACAUACAACCUUUUCAUCAUCAGCAUCAACAUCAUCACAUUCACUGACGCCACCCUUCACAAGCGCUAACAAUAAUGGUAAUAACAACAACAACAACAUCCCCAGCUUCGCCCGAGGGCGACCCACAUUCACGCACUCACAAGUAGACCAAGUCGGCAUUCCUCCGCCGCCACCGCAACCCAUAGCCUUCGACGACAACCCGGACGUACUAGCGCUCAAGAGCGCCAUCACCAUCUUGCAGCUGCAGCGCCAGCGAGCCACGGCAGACAUACAGGCGCUGAACCGAGCCAAAGCUGCUGCACUUUCGGACCCAGGGGCGUUCGUUGCCGACUUGGCGGCGGGGAGGAUUGGGAUGGAUGGUGAUCCGUUGCUUAAUGGGCCUGAACCUACUGGUGAUGGUAGUAGUGACGAUGAUGACGAUGAUGAUGAUGGAGAUGAGGAUGGGGAUGAGGAUAUGAACUCGGAAGGAGAUAGUGUUGAUGGCGAAGAUGAUGGCGAAGAUGAUGGCGAAGAUGAUGGCGAAGAUGAUGGCGAAGAUGAUGGCGAAGAUGAUGGAGCAGAGGUCCCAUCGAGUUCGGAAUCACCGCACGACCCAGACGGCGAUAUAUCCAUGUCCGGCGCCGGCGCUGGGAAUACCUUAUCUACAUCUACCCCUAAUUGUAACAGCAACAACACCAGACGCAAAAUACCAAGCAGGAAAGACCGCGUCAGCAGGACAACAACAACAACAACAACAAAACAGCCACAAGGCCCCUCCAAAACCUGGCGCUCCCUUCCCAAGCCGCAAACGGUCGUCCGCUGUCCGCCCAUCAACUGGGCCCAGUACGCCAUCGUAGGCGAGUCGCUUGAUAAGCUGCACCGCGAGCAAUUGACGGCGCCUACGCUGGGGGUACCUGCGGUUCUUAGUGUCGGAGGGGUGUAUGAAUUCAGAGGGACAGCGGCGGCAGCAGGAGCAGCACCAGGAGGGGGCGUUGUUAGCGUUGGUAAUGGGGGUGGUUAUGCCAUGGGAGAUACCACGGCAACAACAGACCGGACCUCCACGCCACCAACGACAACGAUGGCAACCACGGCUGGAACAGAAGCGCAGCAGUCACCAGGGGAGACAUUGGGACAGGGACAAGGGCAAGGGCAAGGACAAGGUCAAUUUCCAACACUAGGACGAAAUGAGCAACCGCAGAGAUUGGUUGGUAUUGCAGCGCCGUACACGCCAGGCAGAGAUAAGAUCGAGAGGACGACAGGCAGGAAAGGAGCCAAGCGCUGA